CCUAUACUCAGGGGCUGUCGUAUUCCUUUCUGUCCGACGAUUUGCAGAAGUUCUCUGACAACUCCGCUACUAUUCCUCUUUUGACCAUUGAUCCGGGCUGCAACCGAACAGCCUUGUCGCGAGUCUGGACCGCACACUUUGUUGUAACGACGAUCCCUCCUCCAAUAUCCAAUCAACCAAAUCUUCCUCCCCGCUGCGGAGGCCUGCCAUUUUUCGAAUAUACUGUCUUGCAGUCCCUACCUAUGUCACGCAUGCCUAACAGGCCCCGACCUCUACUCCUCGCUUGCCCCGUAAAUACCGAUACCACUAUUACGAACUCUCUGCCGUCGAACCUUGACCUGAACCCGUUUGCAUAAGGCACUCUACAUUUCGCGAUCGAACCGUGAACAAGAAGCACUCAUGAGCGCCGCGUGCAUACAGCGUCCCAAAAUGGGUUCUUCUCAAGCGCCUGACGGCAAUGCGCCGUUUGGCUAUCACGUAUCUGAUCAAGAAUUCUUAUUCCUUAGAGCUCCGACACCUCCCCCGGGAGAUCCUCUGCUCACCCAAGACGAUAAUAGAGCACUCAACCUUUUCUUCGAAGACAUGACGACCAACCAUUACCCGGGUAUUUCAUACGGGGAGGGGCUCAAUUUCAGCGAGCAGUGGAUAAGUCAACUCCCACCAGCAUUCUUAGGCCAUAGCACGUCGUAUGGACAACAGCCUCAGCAACCCUCCGCUUCUCUAAUGAACGGAAUACCUGCUACUACAUAUCAAGAUGUAUUUACAUUUGGUCAAAAUAUGAUGCCGCCACCACCGACCCCGUCACAACCGCCAUUACAGCUCGAACACACACAUCAACUUCAUAAUGCCCCGACACCCCACACGCCGAUCGAGCAGAGCGCACACGCCGACGUGGCGGCAGUCUUAACAUCCCUUCACCAUGGCCACCAGAAUGGUCACCAACCCGGAGCAAAUGGUAUAAGCAGAGCACCAGUUGUGCCCUCUCAACAUAAUGGUGGUCAUGUUGAUCAAAUGAGAUCAUUACCCCGAAAUCAUAUUCCCGACCAAAGUAGUACUAUGCGCCGUAGACAUACUUCCAACGGCGCCGACACGCUUUUUACAGAUAUGAUGUUUGGUAAUUCUCAGGGCCUUAUGAGCCAACGAUCAAUCGAAGCACCCGAGUUACAGUGGGGUUCCGAUUCAAAUUUUGCCAGAACACAAGGCUAUGUUCCACCCGACCACGAAUCCAGUGAACUGCUCGAGCAGAAACGGUUAGGUGCUUUAAGAGUCCUCACUAUCAGUCACAGCGCUGCAACGACUCGGCCACCGUCUCCUUCAACAAAUGGAGAGAGCUCAUCUAUUGCUCGACCUGAUGGCAAUGCAAAUGGUUAUGUCAAAGAAGAGUUUGAUCUUGAGGCCCCGCCUGCUAAGCGUCGUAAGAGUAAAAGCAAGGGGAAGUCAGAAGUUGAAGACGUGGAAGAUUUAACAUCCAUACCCCCGAAAGCCGUGGCUAGAAAACGCAAGUCAAAACCAGAUCUAAAAGCGACCCCGGAUAUCUCCUCAGUUACCCCAGAUGCACCCGGAAAGCGGAGAAAGUCCACCCUAAAUGCAGGGAAAACACCACGAGAAAAUCUCACAGAUUCUCAGAAGAGAGAAAAUCACAUUAAGAGCGAGCAAAAGAGAAGAGGUGCAAUUAAAGAGGGUUUUGAUGAUCUCAGUGAGCUUGUUCCGAACCUUAAGGGAGGCGGAUAUAGUAAGAGCACCAUGCUUUCAAUAGCAGGGGAAUGGCUCGAAGCUCUAUUAAAAGGUAACGAAGAGCUGGAACGAUUAUGAUCUUAUCGGUACGGCGAGUGGUGUUUUGAUAAGUGUAUUCUUCCUAGUCUAUGAUGAGGAGGACGAAGAGGAUGGGCCGAAGGACCUGCGAUCUUUGCUUUUAGGCCGGAGUUUACUUGGGCUGGGGUUCGGGUCGCAGCGAACCAGGCGAGCGACGAACUAAAAAAACCAGGGGUGAAGAGCGGUGGGUGGUAUUCUGAUCUUUCAAAGCUUACCAAGGUGCAUUUUUUGGUUAUUGAUACCUCCGGAGUUGACGUUAUACGGGAAUUGCAGAGACUGGA